AGACGCCGCGCCCACAUCACAGAAGGAAGAACCAGUGAGCUAAGGGGAAGGGCGGGUUCGGCGCGGGGCACCGGUGAGCCGCCGGCGCUGCGGAGGGAGGCGGCACUGGUCUCUACGUGGCGCGGCCAGCGAUGAAGCCGCCUAGUUCAAUACAAGCAAGUGAGUUUGACUCAUCAGACGAAGAGCCUAUUGAAGAUGAACAGACUCCAAUUCAAAUAUCAUGGCUACCUUUGUCACGAGUGAAUUGCUCUCAGUUUCUUGGUUUAUGUGCUCUUCCAGGUUGUAAAUUUAAAGAUGUUAGAAGAAAUGUUGAAAAAGACACAGAAGAACUAAAGAGCUGUGGUAUACAAGACAUAUUUGUUUUCUGCACCAGAGGGGAACUGUCAAAAUAUAGAGUUCCAAACCUUCUGGAUCUCUACCAGCAGUGUGGAAUUAUCACCCAUCAUCAUCCAAUCGCAGAUGGAGGGACUCCUGACAUAGCCUGCUGCUGUGAAAUAAUGGAGGAGCUUGCAAUCUGCCUUAAAAAUAACCGAAAAACCUUAAUACACUGUUAUGGAGGACUUGGGAGAUCUUGUCUUGUGGCCGCUUGUCUCCUACUGUACCUGUCUGACACAGUAUCACCGGAGCAAGCCAUAGACAGCCUGCGCGACCUAAGAGGAUCUGGGGCGAUACAGACCAUCAAGCAAUACAAUUAUCUUCAUGAGUUUCGGGACAAAUUAGCUGCAUAUCUAUCAUCAAGAGAUUCACGAUCAAGAUCGGUAUCAAGAUGAAGAAUUUCCAAAUAGCACAUAUAUGACCAUGUCUGAAAUGUCAGUUCUCUAGCAUAAUUUGUAUUGAAAUGAAACUGCUAGUGUCAUCAACUUGAAUGUAAAUGUACAUGUGCAGACAUUCCUAAAGCUUUUAUUGACAAAAA